CUUGCGAUGUGAUUGCUUAUGGUUUAAAUUCUCAAUACUAUUGGUAUUCCAACGCUCUCGCUACUCAAUUUUUACAUCCUGCGUGAAAUGUUACCUUAUAAAGAGAUUCUUUAGAAAAACAAGAAAUGCACAAUAUAUAAUUCAACAUGGAUUCAGGAACUGAUUGGUUGUGUGAAAUUUUGCAAAAUGUUCAAUUGGAACAAUUCUAUUUACCAAUCCGAGAUCAAUUACAGAUUACUAGACUAGCACAUUUUGACUAUGUGCACACAGAAGAUCUUGAGAGAAUUGGAAUUAGCAAACCAGGAAUUCGUAGGCUGCUAGAUGCUGUAAGAAAGAAGAAAUUGCAACUAUGGAAUCGUAAAUUUUGGAACAAACUGUUUGGCUCUUCAGGUUCUGUGUCAAGAGAAAAGACUGAAGUGGCACUGAGACCUCAGACCCAACCAGAAAGCAGAACUACAUGUAUCAUAUUAGAAAAAGAUAUUGUAUUACAAAAUGAAUUGGGCAAGGGAUCAUUUGGUGUUGUACGGAAGGGUGAAUGGAAAAUGUCAGAGCACAAUAAAACACUUCCUGUAGCUGUCAAAGUGUUAAAAGCUGAUGCGUUUUCUCAGCCGGGGAUAUAUGAUGACUUCCGAAGGGAAGUGGAGGCGAUGCAUAGUUUGAAACAUCCUAAUUUAAUAAAGUUACAUGGAGUUGUUUUCCAUCCCUUGAUGAUGGUGUGUGAGCUCGCUACUAUGGGUGCUUUAUUAGACUACAUUAGAGCUCAGAAUGGGAAAGUGUCAUUAAACUACAUAUCAAAGUGGUCCGGACAAGUUGCCGCUGGCAUGGCUUAUUUGGAGAAAAGCAGAUUUCUUCACAGAGACCUUGCAUGUAGAAAUAUUUUAUUGUCAAGCUUGGAACUGGUGAAAAUCGGUGAUUUCGGUCUAAUGCGAGCGCUCCCAGACGCGGACGACUGUUAUGUGAUGAGUGAACGACGUCGAGUGCCCUUCCCCUGGUGCGCGCCAGAGUCGCUACGGUCCAGGCAGUUCUCGCAUGCAUCUGAUGUGUGGAUGUUCGCUGUUGCUCUGUGGGAGAUGUAUACGUUUGGAGACGAGCCGUGGAUAGGUUUAAAUGGAUCAGAAAUUCUUCGUCUCAUAAUGCGAGAAGGCCAAAGACUAUCAGCGCCUAAAGCCUGUCCUCCAGACGUGUACAUGUUGAUGAUGCAGUGCUGGGACUUGAAUCCGAAAGAACGGCCUACUUUUGCCGGCAUCUUGCAGUAUAUGGAGGCCAAUAAAUUCGAAACGGCUGUUGCUGAUUUGAGUUACAGAAAGCAAGGUCAGAUGACAAUAGAGGCGGGCGACUCCAUUAUCCUGAUUGAUAAACGGCCCGAGUUGCACUGGUGGAAGGGACAGAACCAACGCACGCUGGAAGUCGGACUAUUUCCUAGUACUAUAGUAACGGUGGCGAAGAACAAAAAUGUUGCAGUAACAAAGAAAGCUCAAACUUUAUCACCAAGUAGAAGGCACUCCACCCAAACGUCGCCAUCGAAAAUACCCAUCGCAUCGGACGAUUCGGAAGUGAUUCUGCGCAAACGUCGCACGAUAGAGUCCACUCAGCCCUCAACGACGCGGGCCGGCAACAGCGCCAGCAAGCAAUUCAACUACAACAAGCUUAUCAAUGAUAGAACGCUACAGCAUAAUGAAAGAAUCGCGAGGGCAGCUAGGGAUAAUCAAUCGAGGAGUUUGAACCAGGUUAAAGAAGAUCUCCUGAUCGACCUGGAUCUUCCUCCAUCGACGAGUCGCACGACACCCGCCAAAAAACCAGUCAGUCAAAACGUGUCUAUUCUUGAUGAACCUAUCGAUGUACCUGAAGUUGGUAAUGAAGCAGAUUGGGGUCAACAGAGCAUAGAAAGCCUACCAACGUAUUCGUCUAAUACAACGAGCCAGCAGCAAUCUAAUCUCUAUGGUGCUAAAUCACUAGACAGUCUCAAUGUUCUAGCGACACCUAGCAACAAUCAAAACAACACAAGAAAUGAUCCAUUCGAUACAUCGCAGUUUUGGCCCAUAACUAGACCAAACGAAACCUAUAGCACAAGAACCAACUAUGAUAUUAACGUAGUUAAUACUCCACACGAAACCAACGAAUCUCACACUCGCACAUAUUCAAGCAACGAUUUCUCAAACUCACAAACAUACGAAAACGCAGCUAGCUCUAGUUUAAACACGCUAUCAUAUGGCACUCUCACAAAUACAUACUCAAAUAGUGAAGCUCUCUCAGAAUUAAGCGUAACGAACUCAUUAGCGCAAAUGUCUCUAGAUGAUAGGAUAUCUGAAUCGUUGAAUCUCAGAUCGAAAAACACUAAUUAUGACGUCAUUUACGCAAAUAGUGCAAUCAAUAAAAAUGGUCCGUCCACGUCGAGUACUAGUGCAGUCGAGUACAGAGACGAUUUUCCCGUUUACAAUAAUUUCGACAUAAACCCUGAACAGCAGCAAUUCAUAUUGGAAACUAAAGACUAUUACACUAAAUAUUCCACACCAAAAGUGACUAGUAACUACGAGAAGAACAUAUACGUGCCAAAGGACGAAGGGGAGAAGUUGCGGAAUUUCAGCGAGCAAUUGGAGAAUUCUAAAAACUACUCCGCGCUUAAGUAUCAGAAUGUGGAUAUGGGGCAGUAUGGGUAUUCGGGGUAUGGUUAUGGGGCGUCUACGUCUCGUAAUGCGGCGUAUGACGAAGUGAACGACACAGAGAGUAACAUAUACAGUGAGAUUAACGAACCGAGCCAGUAUUACGCGCAAGCGACGUACUCGAACGCGUGUUUGUAUGACGAAGUCUACGAGCCGGCACCGCGCCCGCAUCGGCCCGCGCCACCUUGCCCUUCUAAACCUAAAUGACGUUUUUUAGUAAUGUCAAGUUUAUCCAAUAUAUUAGGAUACGAUUUUGGACGUUGUAAAUACGCGAAUUUUUAAUAAUAAUAUGAUGAUCAAUGCAGCUACGUACAAGAAAUACGCAAUUUGCGUUUUUCUUUAUUUUUUUGCCUACGGUUCAAAGCAGCUAUACGACUAGAGUAUUUCUUUACAAGAAUUUCUACUAUAUGAAGAUUCGUUAUUGUAUAUAGUCAUUUUCUUUAAAUUAGAACAUUACUGUCUUCCCAUUUCUAGGGAAAAAUUGUCAAUAACUUUUUUAUCUAAUAGACUUUAAGACAUGUCCUUAAUUUAAUAUUUCGUCCUAAUUGCAUUAACAGUUAGUAUUAUUUACUCAUAUGGAAAAUAUGGUGAAACAAAAUAUCAACUCUUGAGUAUAAGUCGACAUAUACCCGGUAUAUUUGAAUCAUAGCAUUCUAAAAAAGGACCAGUGCUCUAACAGUGAACAUUAAUUAGUAAAGAUUAAUCUAUACUGGGUCAGGCAGAACUUCGUCUUAACUAUUUUGUCCAGAACAGACUCCUAGACUACCAGUGAAUUAAAAGUGAAAUGCAUGUGCCCCUUAUCCCAUAAGAAGCUUUUUUGGCAAAUAUAUUAGGUAUUCCCUUGAUUAAUCCAUAUAAGAGCAUAAUCACAUCGUCAGAAGACUGACAUUACGGUAAAUGCCAUUUUGUUGCUUUAUAUACUGAUUUGAAGAGUAUUAUUUUGAAAUUAGGUUAUGUAGUGUGUUCAUUGUAGUAAUUUAGAUAUUAUGUGUAUGCUAUUUAUGUUCUCUUAGUACCUUUAUCAUAUAAAAUUAUCUCACAAAAGGUUCUCUUAUAGAAGUAUUUUUUUUUAAAACAUACAAUAGAUUUUUUUUUUAAUUUUUUAUUAUGUGUAAAUAUGUAUGUGUAAUAAUUUUUGAUUUAGAUUAGUAUCUAGUUUUGUUUGUGUGUGUGAGUACUUUUUACACUUACUUUUGGGCUCGAUUCUGAAUUAUUUUAUUUAAGUUUUUGAGUGACCCUCAUUUUCUAAAUUAUUCCUUGCAUUAUCCAUUAUCGAUACUAUUUCUUUGCUUCUUAUCUAUUUACAUAGUAUUAUAUUUUGUGUUUCAUAUUAAGCGAGC